CUCAAAGUCUCGCGAGAUUUUACAGAACGCCGAAGUCAUUUCCUCAAAAUGUAAACAAAAGUGACAUGUAGGCGAUGUGAAGAUAAAUAACUUAGAGGAUGUAAACAGGAAUUUGGCCGUGUGUGCGGUGAUGGGUUCCGAUCCGUGUCUGAGGACAUGGAGACUAAAGGGAACGACGAGGUGGAGAAAAUAAAGUCGAAGUUUAUGUCGGCAUGGAACAAUGUGAAAUACAGUUGGGUGCUGAAAACAAAGACUUCCUUUAGUCGCAAUUCUGUAGUCUUCCUGCUGGGAAAAUGUUAUCACUUCAAGGCAGAUGAUGAAGACAGUCCCACAGAAAGCUGCAGCACAGAGAUAUUUGAUGAUGCCACUGUCAUGGGCAAUGUGGAAGAAUUUCGGAGGGAUUUCGCUUCCCGGAUCUGGCUCACCUAUCGGGACGACUUCGCUGUGCUGCCGGGAUCGACCAUUAGCACAGACUGUGGUUGGGGCUGCACUCUCCGAGCUGGGCAGAUGAUGCUAGCCCAGGCACUUUUACUACAUCUCCUGGGUCGAGAUUGGACCUGGCCUGACUCACUGACCUUAGAGCCUCUGGACACUGAGACAUGGACGAGCAGCGCAGCACGAAAACUGGUCGCUUCAUUAGAAGCUUCAUUCCAGGGAGACAGACAGAGACACCCAGAGACUGUAUACCAGCCCCAGUAUGGGGCAGAAGAAGCUGACUCCCACCUGAAAGAGGUGUACCACCGCACUAUUGUGUCCUGGUUUGGAGACACACUCUCUGCCCAGCUUGGGGUCCACAGGCUGGUCCAUCUGGGUAUGACCUCAGGGAAAAGAGCAGGAGAUUGGUAUGGUCCUGGAGUAGUGGCACAUAUACUCAGGAAAGCUGUAGAAGAGGCUACAGAUCCAGAACUGCGAGGUGUGACUGUUUAUGUGGCACAGGACUGCACAGUGUACAGCGCUGAUGUUAUUGAGAGUCACUCAGUGCAGGUGGACCCACACACGGCCCCCGAGGAAGCACUCGCUGACAGCAGAGCCGUCAUCAUUCUCAUCCCUGUCAGACUGGGUGGAGAGAAGAUCAACCCUGAAUACUUCAGCUUUGUCAAGGCUAUCCUGAGUCUGGAAUAUUGCAUCGGUAUCAUUGGAGGGAAACCCAAACAAGCCUACUACUUCGUAGGAUUUCAAGAUGACAGCAUGAUUUACAUGGACCCUCAUUACUGUCAGUCUUUUGUGGAUGUCAGCACAAGCAAUUUUCCUCUGCAGUCAUAUCACUGUCCAUCACCAAAGAAGAUGCCUUUUGUUAAAAUGGACCCAAGCUGCACUAUUGGGUUCUACUCCAAAAGUGUUCAAGAUUAUGAAAGAAUUAGCAGUGAGCUGUCAAAGGUGUUGCAGCCGUCAUCGAAAGAGAAGUACCCAGCAUUUACCUUUAUGAAAGGACACGGGAGAGAUUAUGAACUGUCUGUUCCUGUGGAGAAGAGAGAGUGGCCCUUCAUCAAAGACACACGUAGUCCCGGGGCCACCGCAGGGGACUUUGUGCUGCUGUAAAUGAGGGCUUGAAAUUCCAGACUGAUGUUACAUGUGUAAUUUUUCUUUAUGCAUUUUAUUCUGGUUUAAAGGUUCCAUCAUCCCAAAAGCGUUAAGAGACGUCCUGAUUCUGGGGUUUGUCUGAAAGCAAAACUUAACACUGUAAACAAACAGUAUAUCUCGCACUUAUUUCAGAUCAGAAGAUAUUUUUUUAGGGUGUUUUAUGUAUAUGUCGCCAUUCAUCCCACACUCGCUGUAACACACUGAAUGUCUUAUUCAGUCUAUAAUAUACUACUUCAUAAGUUGUCUAAUAAACCGUUAACAUGAUUCUUUAUACCUGGAAGAGAAGAACCACACUCCAGGUUAAAGGUCAGAUAAAAGUUAGAACACUGUGCAAAAACUGGACAGAAAUCUUAACUUAUAAACAUUUACACAGCCUUUAAAAUCAUGCUAGUGCCUCCUGGAAGCAUGACGUUUAUACGGCUCAUUCAACAGCCUGCAGCCUCUGAACACUUCCGAAAUGUCUUGUACACACAUUUUUACACACACAAACACAUUUCUGGCUAAUAUUUGACCUCAUAAUAUUUGAAACCCUGUCGAUUAUGACUUAAUAACAGUGCUGCUAAAAUCACAAUGGCGUUCAGAAGCGAGCCGCCACUUGAUUAGUGCCAUUAAUGAAAGACUAAAUAACACUGGAAAAAAGUAAUUUGUUGUAGUUGCUUAUAGCCAGUCACAUUAAACUACAGUAUACAUUUGUCGUGUCCAUUUCAAUCAAGUGUUUAGUUGUUUAGCUUGUUAUCGUAUUUCAGGUAAAGAAGAACGGUGUAAGCCAAAGUGUUUCAUACUACACAUAGCUGUAACACUAUUUUUGUUCUUGUUGUUGUUGUUGGUGGUGUUCACGAAGCCAAAUUGUGUGAAGAGACUACAAUACUAAGUUGAACACGCUGAGCUGAAGAACAUAAACUAAUGCUCGUUUUCCCCAAAUCAAUUUACAUACCUGUUGUUAAUGUUUUGCUCAACAGUAAUUUACAAUAAAGCUGAAAAGAUUCACUAUA